UGAGAAGAUAUAAAGACUAACGUUUUAGACUUUUUGUUAAAUAGUGGAUGUGGUGGAACGAUGAAGGUGUUGGCAGUGUUACUUCUCUGUGUGGCGGUGUACGCCAAACAUGAACAGUACGCGGGAUGGAAAUCCUACUAUGUAGGACCAAAAUCCCAGGAGCAACUGCGAUCUAUUGGUCCCUUAGGCCAAGAAUUUGAGGUGGACGUUCUAGGAUAUGCUAAUUUAGAACGAGAGGGUGUGGUCCUCGUGAAGCCAGAACACCAAGAUGGAUUCAUCAAAGCGCUGGAGGAAAGAAACAUCACUUACAGGAUCCACUCUGCUGAUGUGAAAGCUGCUUUGGAUAUGGAUGAUAUAGCCAUCGAGACAAGAAGGCAAAAGAACAUCGCUCGUAAUGGUAAAGAGUUGCCAUACGACAAUUAUCAAGAUUUGGACGAGAUUUAUGCUUAUCUCGCUGAUGUUGCUAACCGUUACCCCGAUAGGGCCACUUUAGUCUCUGGUGGCAAUUCCUUCGAAGGCCGCCCCAUAUAUUACUUGAAAAUCUCCACCACAAACUUCGAGGAUGAAAGCAAGCCAGUCAUCUUCAUUGAUGGUGGUAUUCACGCAAGAGAAUGGAUCGCUCCACCCACAGUUACGUGGGCUAUACACAAGCUGCUAGAAGACGUGACAGAAACCGAUCUUCUGGAGCGAUUCGACUGGAUCCUGUUACCUGUAGUUAAUCCAGACGGAUAUAAAUACACUUUUACAGACACUCGCUUUUGGCGUAAGACCCGUUCUACUGACCAAAGCAGUAUUAGUACCACCUGUCCAGGAGUCGACGGUAACCGCAACUACGAUUUCUUCUGGAACACAGUCGGAACUAGCAAUGUUGCUUGUGCUGACAAUUACGCUGGCAGCCGACCUUUCUCCGAAGUCGAGACACGGGUAGUCCAAAGCCUUCUGCAAGAGAACCUCCACAGACUAGCUCUGUACCUAACUAUGCAUAGCUACGGAAGUAUGAUUCUCUACCCGUGGGGGCAUGAUGGCAGUUUGUCCAAUAACGCCUUCGCACUCCACGUGGUUGGAGUCGCUAUGGCCGAUGCCAUCGCCGCCCAUGCCUUACCUAAUUUCCCUAGAUAUGUAGUUGGUAAUGCUGUACUCGUAAUUGGAUAUGCAGCAUCUGGAGCAGCCGAGGACUACGCUCAUUUGAUUGGUGUCCCUCUAUCUUACACUUAUGAGUUGCCUGGUCUCGCCGGGGGUCUUAAUGGUUUCCAUCUAAACCCAAUUUACAUUGAGCAGGUGUGCCGUGAAACUUGGGAAGGUAUUGUAGUUGGUGCAAGACGAGCUGGCGAUUUAUUUGUUCCAUAAUUAUAUAGUAAUAAAAUAAAAUAAUAAUAAUAA